UGAGGAGCCUUCUCAGCAAUGGGCUUCAUCAGUAGCUUCAGCACGGAGCAUGCCCGAGAGCCUGGAAAGCCCAGGCUCCAGCAGACCAGGCGUGGCUGGCCUUACAACUGCGGCCGCCUUCAAGCCUCCAGGAUCCACGAGUGUUAUCAAGUCACCAAGCUGGCAACGGCCAAACCAAGCAGCACCUUCCACUGGAAGAAUGUCAAACAGUGUGAUUUCCUCUGGAGCAGUGGCACCAGCCAACUUAGCUGUGCAACAACCCCAGCCAAGUGACCAGGACACUUUAGUGCAAAGAGCUGAGCACAUUCCAGCAGGAAAACGAACUCCAAUGUGCGCCCACUGUAACCAGGUCAUCAGGGGACCAUUUCUAGUGGCACUGGGGAAAUCUUGGCACCCAGAAGAAUUUAACUGUGCUCACUGCAAAAAUACAAUGGCCUACAUUGGAUUUGUAGAGGAGAAGGGAGCCCUGUAUUGUGAGCUGUGCUAUGAGAAAUUCUUUGCUCCUGAAUGUGGUCGAUGCCAAAAGAAGAUCCUUGGAGAAGUCAUCAAUGCUUUGAAACAAACUUGGCAUGUUUCCUGCUUUGUGUGUGUGGCCUGUGGCAAUCCCAUUCGUAAUAAUGUUUUUCACCUAGAGGAUGGUGAACCCUACUGUGAGACCGAUUAUUAUGCCCUCUUUGGUACUAUUUGCCAUGGAUGUGAAUUUCCCAUAGAAGCUGGCGACAUGUUCCUGGAAGCCCUCGGCUAUACCUGGCAUGACACUUGCUUUGUAUGCUCAGUGUGUUGUGAAAGUUUGGAAGGUCAGACCUUUUUCUCCAAGAAGGACAAGCCACUUUGCAAGAAACAUGCUCAUUCUAUGAAUUUUUGAAAGUCAACAGUUAAGGGGAAGGGAAGAAAUUUGAAGAGAAAGAAAAGAAUUUAAAUUACCAAUUAAUUUCUAGAUUUAAUAUUUAUAUGGAGUUUUGAAAAAUAAUAGUGUCCCUGAAGGAAUAAAUUCCAGCUUUAAAAACCAAGUCUAUGAGGAAAUAUUUGGCUUCGUAAAGUAAAGAGACAGUUUGGCAUUUAUUAUUACUUUUUCCUGUAUUUUAUGCCCAUAAAAUAACUUUUAUAAAAACCAAUUUCCUGGUUGACUAUUAAAUUCAUCUUAGAAUACAUUAGCAAAGAAUCAACUUUUAGAAUAAAAACUUCAACCUCUAUACUGAAAUAAUUAUACUUUCUUUCCUUGUUAGGUAGUUAUGAGUAAAUCUGCAAAAGGCAAUGAAAAUGCUUUAAACUUUAUCAAUAAGAGAAUUAUUGUAUUUUUUAAGAAAAACUGGUGUUUAUUUUUAAAACAGUAAAUAGGAGUUUAAACAGAUAAUUUUAUCUGUAGAAGGUGUCAGUGUUUAAAAAACUGUAUGUACUUUUUUUGGUCUUGGUCUUACAGUUGAUCAUUCCAGUACGAAGGGGCAAUGAGGUUUUUGAUCAAAAUGUAUCUUUCCAAUAAGAGAUGUUAUAUUUUUUCUCAUCUCCUCCCCCUCCCCAAAAGCCUACCAUAUAGCAUAUAAAUCUCAAAAUUUGACCUUGUAUUAAAAUGUGACUCUUAAGCUUCAUCAGCUGUAUUAGUCAAACUCCAUUUUUUCCUUUCCUUCUGCUGAGGUGAAAAGCUAAUUAAAUAACUUUGGGCUCUGACAGUUUUGUCUCUCUUUAAAGAUAAUAAAUAGAAAAGAAGAUGGUUGGGAAUUGUGGCAAAUCAAAAGAUGGUACCUAAAAUAAAAAUUUUUAAAUCCCCCCCUUUCAGAUAAUGAAACAAUUAGAUCAGUUUCAGAGUUGUACCACUGACUGAUGAAGAUUUGAGAGCUCUUUUUGCAGAAUAAUAUUUUUUUUUUAAUUCUACAUUAGAAAAAUAAUAGAUUAACUUGGGGAUGUGAUAAAAUCUAGGGUGUGUGUGUGUGUGUGUGUGUGUGUGUGUGUGUGUGUGUGUGUGUGUGUGUGUGUGUGUGUGUUUUUCUCUCAAUAAGUAAACCACUUCCUAAUGUGAUCACAAAGUUGGAAAGCUUUUAUUCACCAAGGUUUGAUGUAGGAUAGGAGGAGAAUAUGAUUAAUUACUCAUAUUCUUUAGGGUUAAUAACUGAGAUUUGUCUUCCUCAUUUGGGGAAAGAACUAUUUAAAUGCCACAUGGAGACAGAGAAACAGUUAGGGUAAAACUGUGGAUCCUGUUGAUAUUUGCCCAGUGAGAAACAGAUUAUGGCAUUUGAUAGUUUUUCUCUAUUUUCUCUUUUUUUCUAGAAUGGAUGAAAUCCCUUGAUCCCACUAAGUUACAAUUUACAUUUGUUUGGGGCAACUUGCUUUUAAAGUUGAGACAGAGUCCUAAGUCCUUCCUGCCCCAUCACUCACUAACGACUUCACUUACAUUGUGUGCAUGUUUGUUAUAGAAGAGGUUUUAGUCUACAAUAUUUGCUUAACCUCCCUAAGAACUUUUAAGGCAUCUGUCCUGAAAGCUAUUAAUUUAUGGUCUAGCAGAAUUAUAUGCAGAUAAAAAUUAACUGGGGAUAAAAAAUGGGAAGGGGUGACACAAAGUGUCAAACUGAAUGCUUAUCCAGUAGCAACCCCAAACUACCUCCUCUGCAUCUUGUAGGGAGGCAGGAAGUUUCUUUUGAAAUAGUGCUGGAACUGAAUUGUGCAUUUUAUCUCCUUGCUGCUGAAACCACCUAUGGAAGACUUGCUGGCUAAUAUGCAUUAUCAUGUAUCUUUUUCAUGUAUCUUAACGUCAGUCUUUUGUGUUAUACAGUACAAAGUAAGUUGGUGUUUUUGUUUUGGUGUGGUAGAGACAUUUUUGAUUAGCUUUGCCUUUAUAGACUAUAUGCCAAGAUAGCAUUUGAUAAAUC